AUGUGGCAAUAUUUCCAUCGGCCCAUGCAUAUUUGCUAUUGGUCCCCCGUUUCGGUGAACACUGUCAAACACGAUCUGACGUAAAUUUACCAGCUAAAAUUAUUCAACAAAAACAACGCACUUUCCCUGCUAGUAGUUUUUCUCCUUUAGUUAUCUAGUUCAUCGUGCUGCGGGAAAUAGGAAAACAUUUCACAGCGCGUAGCAAAAGCAGCAACAUCGCAACGACUGGUGGCGCAUUAGGUUUGUGAGCAUGUUGACCGACGAACCGGAGGUUCGGCCGACCGACCAACCCGCCGCUGGCAAUGAUCCGGCCGCCGAAACACCAGCUGCCGUACCCGCCAGCGAUCGUCAGCUUGCCACAGCGACCCCACCAGAGGACCCCGAGGAACGGUACUGCUGGGUGUGUUUCGCCACCGAGGAGGAUGACAAGUUUGCACCGUGGGUGCAGCCGUGCAAUUGUCGCGGCGCGACCAAAUGGGUGCACCAGUCGUGUCUGAAGCGCUGGAUCGACGAAAAGCAGAAGGGAAACCCGUACAAAAGCAUCAGCUGCCCGCAGUGUCAGACCCGGUACAUCAUCAUCCUGCCGUCCAUGGGAAGCUUCGCGUUUCUGCUCGAGCGGCUCGACAUUAUCGCGAAGCAGCUGAGCCCGGGGAUGGCCGCGGGUGCGAUCGUCUGCUCCAUCUACUGGUCCGCGAUAACGUUCGGUGCGGUGACGGUGCUGCAAACGACCGGCUUCGAACGGGGCCUGUCCAUGAUGGAGCAGGCGGAACCGAUCGCACUGCUGCUGUGUCUGCCCACCAUCCCGGUCGCGCUGGUGAUUGGCCGAAUGUUCCGCUGGGAGGAUAUUGUGCUGCGCUUCCUGCAAAACCGCCAAUUCGACAUAAGGAAAUAUCCCGUCAUUUCGCUAAUGCUGCCCGUUUCCAACGAACCCAGCCCCAACUAUCCAGAAGCUUACCCGAGUAGCACGAUCAGCACAUCCGAGCCAAUGUCGGUGACGCGCAUCUUCUGCGGUGCCUUGCUGCUACCCACCGUGUCAACAAUAGUCGGGAAAAUAUUUUUCAAAUCGGUGAAAAACGAUCUGCACCGCACACUGAUGGGUGGUUUUGCGUUCGUGGUGGUGAAGGGUAUGCUAAAGAUUUACUUCCACCAGAAGAAACAUAAUCGUGCCAAACAGCGCCAGAUACUGGACUACACACCGGAGAACGUGCGCAAAUACUGGACGCGGAGCCAGCCGGCCGAAGCGAACGACCGUCCCGGACAGCAGCAGCAGGUCCAGGGACAAGCAAUGGUGCAGCAGCAACCGGCCAUGGAAGAGGAACGUGUAGUGAAUGGUGCAGGAUAGCAGCAGCAGCACCCGGGCAGCGUGUGAUAUUUUGUAUGAAGCAGGGGUUCGAACUUAAUGCUACCGUUUUGUUUUUUCGUUAUCAUUUCACAUUAAACUAACUGGAAAUUACUCUUACCGUGCAAACAGUAAUAAACCUUUCCUUUUAUUUCGUUACAUAAAAAA